AUGCCGGGCUUCGGUACUAUAGGUUCAAGUGGCCGUGGUGGGAAGUACGAUCGAUUAAAUACUGCGAGUCCUCCGCCGCCAGAGGAUCUGCCUCCGCCGGAGAGUUUACCUUCGUUUGAUGUUCAUCAGGCGACGCAAAGGAUUCUGAAUCAGCAUUUGAAGACUUUUCAUAGUAGUAAGAGGAGGCAGUUGAUUAUCAUGAGUUCGUCUUUUAUUGGGGCGUUGUUGUUUUUGUAUUGGGUUAUUGGGGUUAAAGGAAAUGCUGUCUGGCAAGGCUGUGAUUCUUAUCAGGUUGGCUAUCAAUGUCAACCUGAGAUAUCACAUUAUUGGGGUCAAUACUCUCCAUACUUUUCUGUUCCGUCAGCCAUUUCAUCGGAUAUCCCAGAUCAGUGUGUAGUCACCUUCGCUCAAAUCUUGUCUCGUCAUGGAGCGAGAGAUCCUACGAGUUCCAAGACUAUGUUGUACAAUGCUACCGUUGAACACGUUCAUUCAAAUGUGAAGUCUUAUGGGCCUGGUUAUGAGUUUAUCAAGAAUUAUAAAUAUACUCUUGGAGCUGAUCAGCUCACUGGAUUCGGUCAACAACAAAUGAUCAACUCUGGAAAGCAUUUCUACAAUCGCUACCAUCGUCUUGCUCUUCACACUGCACCCUUCAUCAGAGCAUCUGGUCAAGAUCGAGUCCUCGAAUCUGCUCAAAACUGGACACAAGGCUUUCAUGACCUCCGCAUGAGAAAUAAUCCAGCCAAGGUCUACUAUCCAUAUGACAUUCUAGUCAUUCCCGAGGAUGAAGGAUUUAACAACAGUCUUAGCCACGGUCUCUGUAAGAACUUUGAAAACGGACCCAGCUACGGCCGUGACGCACAACUCAUCUGGGCCAAAAUCUUCACUCCUCCCAUAACCGCCCGUCUCAACAAGAAUCUCCCCGGCGCAAACCUAACCCUCACCCAAACAAUCAGCCUCAUGGACCUCUGCCCUUUCAACACCAUCGCCUCAGACAAAGGCAACACCAUCUCCCCCUUCUGCGACCUCUUCACCGAAAUGGAAUGGAAUCAAUACGACUACUACCAAUCCCUACAAAAAUACUACGAUUACACCUGGGGUAAUCCCCUCGGCGCAACCCAAGGAGUCGGUUUCGCCAACGAACUCCUCGCUCGUCUCACCAAUACCCCAGUGAACGACCAUACAUCCACAAACUCGACCCUCGACUCCUCGCGCAAGACUUUCCCUCUUGGCGGCAAUACAUCCCUCUACGCAGAUUUCAGCCACGACAACGACAUGACCUCCAUCUUCGGCGCUCUCGGGCUGUAUAAUGAGACCCGACCGCUCUUGAAUACGACCAUUGAGAAUGUCCAGGACACGAAUGGGUUCUCGGCCUCUUGGACGGUGCCGUUUGCCGCCCGCGCGUACUUUGAGAAGAUGACUUGUGUGGGUGCGAAGGAGGAGUAUGUUAGGGUGCUGGUUAAUGAUCGCGUGUUACCGCUGGAGAGUUGUGGGGGGGAUGCGCUGGGACGGUGUACGUUGAGGAGGUUUGUGGAUAGUUUGGGGUUUGUGAGGGGGGGUGGGGGGUGGGAGGGUUGUUUUAGUUAG